GUACCAUCCUCGGCCGUGGUGAACCCCACCCAAGGUGUGAGCCUGGGAGCGGCCGGCCUCCUCCGCCGGACCAACUCGGUGACGAGCCUGCUGUCGCUGGUGGCCUUCGGUGCGGACCCACUGUGUGCCUGCCAGGCUCUCGGGAACUCCACAUUCGUGUGCUCAGACAGACAUCAGCUUUGGAUGAACGUGGCUGAGCACCUCCGGGAAACUGGACGCCUGUCGUGGCCUUCGGAAGACACUCCAGCACCAUGUGGCCGGUCCUUGCCCCGUGUCUGGCUGGCAGGGCAGCCCAGGAGGCCUCAUCCCUCCGCCUGGACGCCUCGGUCCUCAGCUGAUGCCUGGAGCUCGGAUGGCUGUGCCCCCUCAGGUCAAGGAGCGUGCGAAUGUUGGAACUCAGAGCUCCCCACCCGCUCCGUCCGGUGCCACCCUGGGCUGG